AUGACUGAGGAUGGCAAUGGGCAGAGUGAAAUUGCAGCGAUUGGACUGUUGGUGAAUGAAGAAGAGUCGACUUUGCGUUGGUUUUUUGAAACAUUCAAAAAGAACAACCCAAUAUCAAUUCAAACUCGUGUAUAUGUCACUGACAAAGAUAUGAAGGAAAGAAAUGUAAUAAGGCAAGUAUUUCCAAAUUCUUCAUUAACAAUAUGCUUAUUUCACACAUUACGGACCUUCAAUCGGGAAAUAACGUGUGAAAAAAGAAAUAUAACUCCCAAAGAAAGGGAUGAUGUGAAACUGAUAUUUCAAGAAUUAACAUACUGCAAAUCCGAAGAAGAAUAUGAUAUGAUAUACAGCCGCCUUCAAUCCAUAGCACCUGAAUCAAUAAUUAAUUAUUAUAAUAAAAAUUGGCACAAUAUAAGAAAGGAAUGGGUGAUGGGCAUGACGUUUAACACUGGAAAUUUCAUGAACAAGACCAAUAACCGAUUAGAAAGUUUUAAUGGCAAACUUAAAUCGGUAAUAUCUACAUUUUCCACACUGGAAGAUUUUGUUGAAAAACUUUUUAUUGUUUUGAGCUGUGUGCGACUAGAACGGGAUAGAAACGCAGUGAAAUUGGUUCAAAGGCAGCCCACUAAAAUAAAUGAAAUUCCAGAGCUACGGCAGUAUCAUAGUUUUUUAACAACGUAUGCUUACAAUUUUUUGAAAAACCAAUUUGAAAGUUCUGCUGGAGCCUAUGUUCUAGACAACACAACAGAGGUUUCAUGUAGUUGUCUCUUUUAUAAAUCAAUGAGAUUGCCAUGUAAACAUAUAUUUCACACUAGACAACUUCAGAACAAACCAUUAUAUGACCUAAGUUUAUGUGAUACAAGAUGGACCAGAGAUUAUUACUAUAAAAAUCAAAGAGUGUUUAAAAAUGUUGAGAUUGUUCCCACUGAUAGCGAUACUACAGUUACAAUAUUGCACAGAAAGAAAAAAAAAGUCCCAUCUACUCAUGAAAAGUUCCGAAAAGCAUCAAUGAUAGGAGCAAAGAUCGCCGAACUCAUUUCUCAAACAUCAAAUGUCCAUUUCCAUAGAAAAAUAACUAUUAAGUAUUAA